GCAUGCGCUUGCCGCCGCGCUGCGGGAGUCGGUUGUUCCUGGACUCGGCUCUCCCCGAACCGUCUCCGCUGCCGUUCACGGCGCAGACUGAUGCCGAAGUAGAGUUGAGCUGGAUUAGCUUGGCGCGGCCGUUGGUUCGUGAGGACUCCCUGCAGCAGAAUCGCCUCCCGGAGCCAGAGAGGCGCGCUGCCCGCCGAAGCCGGGCGGUGAGGCACCAUUAGUGCGGGUUCGUAGCGCGAUGGACAGCUCUAUGGAGGAGGAGGAGGAGGAAGUGGCGGCGGCGCCGACGGCGGGGAAGAGUCCUGCUGCUCGGGCGAGGAGCGCCCUGCUUCCAGCCAUGUACCUGCCGUUCCUACCGCCGCACCUCAGCCAAGUGGUGUCUUCUGAGAAACAGAAGUUAGACUUCAGCAAGAGCAAGGAGGCGUGUUUGAGUUACAUUCAAGAUGCCAUGCUACAGAAGCAGUGGGAAAGGGCUGCAGAGUUCCUGGCCUGCUAUGUUGAGUCACUAGAGAAAGACUUUUCCAGAAAAUCUGUGGGUCCAUCAGAGAUUAUUUGGAGAAUGGGAGCUGAAAUUUUGAGCCAUCAUCCCCAGAGCAACAUUAAAGAGUUCAACUCUUUCAUAGAACAGAUGAAAACUUUAGGAUUAAAAAGGUAUUUGAAGAUUUGCCUGGAGCACACCUUUCAUCUCCUGUGUAAUGGACUAAUAGAUGAAGCUUACCAAAACCUGUCCAUGGCAGAAAGUUGGAGGUUUGGAGAAUACUCAGCUGUUCAGGAUAAAGAAAAGAAACUGAUUCAGGCUUACAGGGGACUGUUGGACUACUACAGCUGGUGUAAGCAGAAGAACAUCCUAUUAGAGCAUGGCCAGGCUGGCUUUGAAGACUUGUCUGUUGAGCAAGAAAUGCACAGUUGCUUUCGGAAGGCAGCAGUGAACUUACAGGAGAUCAUUAAAAUACCUGGAGUCUGGGACAGCUUUGUGAAAUGCUAUGUGGAUUUGUUGGAGUUCUAUGGAGACCAUAAUGAAGCCCGCCAAGUCUUAAAUGAAUAUGCCUACAACUCAAAGUUUCCUGCAAAUCCAAAUGCUCAUGUUUACCUCUACCAGUUCCUGAAGAGACAUGGUGCAUCCAAGAAAUCACUCAUAUCUGCACUGAAGAUCUUGCAUGAUAUUGUUCCUUCUCAUCAACUGAUGAUAGAUUUUAGUGCUAUGCUUCAAAAAUCAAAGAAAAGAAAAAAUCAGCGUCUGGGACUUGAAGUUAUUUUUGCAGCCUUGGAUUACGCUGCCUGGAAGGAGAAUGUGAAAGCCUGGAGCUGUUUGGCCAGGCAGGUGAAACAAAUUAUCAUCUCUGAGAAGCAUCUGGAGUGGAUCAAAGAAGAGUGGAACUCCAGAAAGGACUGGUGGCCAGCCUUCCAUUUCAGCCGUUACUUAGCAAAAAGGAAUUGGCAGGAAAAUGAGAGCCUUUCCUAUGAAAAAGCUGUGGUGGCUGGAAUCUUGCUGGGAAAGGGUUGCAAGUACUUUAAACACGUGUCACACCAAGGCUGCAAAGCACAGGUGAAGAGGUUCCGGGUGCUGAAGAGAUUUGUGAAUAAACACAAUCAUAUCUGCAUGAGAAUAUCUGAUCUAUCAGAUUCCUCUGUACAACCUUGAUUUAGAAGGCAUCCAUAAAGGUUCUUGCUGUACUUCUUCCUCUCUGUGAAA